CAUGUCACCUUUUAGACUAUGACGGAAGUCAGCAGAGGCUUUUCAGAAAGUAGUAUUCUAGAGAAAACUAGUGGCAAGGAAGUACUUGGAGGUCAUAAUGUCAUAAGCAUGGCCCUGUGUUGCAAUUACAUAUUUGACACGACAAGAAUUAUGAACUCGGGCAUUAGAUCAUGUACAUUAUUUUGCGAGAAUGAAUACAAUUUUUGUAAUAAAUUUAACAUGAAAAAUUUUGUAAAAUAAAAUUCAUGUGGUUAUUCUGUUUGUUUCUUUGUUUACAAAAUCUCUUUGUUGAUGUUGUUCAUUGAUCAACCAAAUCGUGAAAUAGUUUGCAAGUGGUGUAGAUAAAACUAAUGUAUAUGCUGCUUGAAUGGGUUUUUAGCCCUCUUUCUUGAAUCCACCUGAGGUGCCAAUGAGCUCCUGCAAAGUAGGUCUAUGGGUGAAGUUCACCACUUGUGUAGAUGGUUAUCAUCUUUUCAUGCAUGUAAUCUAGCACUACUUUUUGACAUAUGAGCUAGAAUGAUGAGGAUCUUGUGCUAGAGCAGCAUUUUUCAAUGCCAUGAGCAGCAGUCUACACGAGAUUUCUGACUAGCUAAGCUCACAUCAUAUGAACAUGCAUUGAAGUUGGAAAUUUCUGAUAUAAUGCAUGAAGGUUGUGAGAUUUUCUUCUACUUAUUUGGUGGUUUUUAUUACCAUGUGGCACAUGGAGAGCAUUUUCCUUUGGAAUGCUUUCGCUUGCAUGAUUAUUCAAACCAUCAACAACAUAAUGGAUAGCAAGAGCAGCACAAAAUUGAAAAAAAAGGAAGUUGCAACAGGAAACCAAGCACGAGUAUAUUGGACAAGAGAGCAUGAUCGAGUGCUUGUUGAUUUGAUGGUAGAGCAAACUCUUGCUGGUGCUAGAGUGGGUGCGGGCUUUACAAGGGAUGCCUGGUUUGAUAUGGUGGAUCAGUUCAAUGAACGUACAAGGCUGCAUUAUGAUGUUGAUCAUUUGAAAAAUCGUCUGAGGUUUUAUAAACGGGAAUAUCGAAUAGUUAGUGCUAUAAAGAAUCAUGCAGGUUUUAGUUGGGAUCAUAAAAUGCAAAUGGUGAUUGCAGAUGGUGCUGAAUGGGAUGAAUAUGUUAGGAAAAAUCCUGAAGCAAAGUUAUACCGGACGAGGCAAACACCCUUUAUUAAUGAACUGGAGGUUAUUUUUGGAUCAUCAGCAUUGAAAGGCAAUGAUGCAUCUUCUUCUAGGAUUCAUUAUGUUGAAAGAAAUGAUACAAAUGGCAAUUUAGGUGAAGGUGAUGGGACAUUGAACUCUUUUGUGGAUACUCCACAAACAUCUAACGAACCUAUAGCUACAUCUGCUGACGUACAUGCAGAGGUGCCACAAGAUGCUCCUGAAGCAGAAAAUGUCAACAUCCAUCGGGCUUCACAUUUAAAUAUCUUAAGAGGAAAUAGUAGAAAGUCCCGACGGCAAUCAUCAGAUGAUGCAUUAUUAGCCUUGCGGGAAAUCGCAGAAGCCUCAAAGAGACGAAUAUCAGCUGAAGAGGCAAAAGAUGAAAAGUUGAGUCUACUUGAUGAAUGUCUGGAAGAGCUCAAUCUCAUGAAAGACAUUGAUAAUGAGUUAUAUGUGAAGGCCCUGUUUAUCUUUAAGGAGGAGUAUAAUCAACACAUAUUCUUGAAGACCACCGGUAUUAGGAGGAUAAUGUGGUUGAGGGCAGUGACCAAAGAUAUUAAUCUUCAGUGAUCUUUUAUUGCUUGAUGUUAAUUUUCUCCUUGGAACUAACACCAGUUUCCAUUUGUUAAGAAGGUUGUUGUGUACAGACAUGCUAACCUUUACAUUUGUUAAGAGGGCAGUUGUUUCAAGGCAUGCUAACCUUUUCAUCUUGAAGUUCAAUUUCAUGUUGAUGCGAUGAUGGUUCUCUUAGCGAGUUGUUUUCUGAUAUUGUUCUUGUUUUGAAAUUUGAUGAUGCAUGAAGAUACAAGAAACAAAAGGGCAACAUAAUGACAUAGUUUCCUAGUUGUGAUCUG